GAAACGUAGAUAUAACAAAAAGUAAACCGGAAACUGCACUGAGGAUUGUGGGUUGGCGGCAUCAAUGCGACUCAUCUUCAGACAAGUGCGACAGUUUGGGAAAAUGGCAUCAGAGGCAAAGAGAGCCAAGCUAACCGCAGAGGAGAGAGACUCUGUCCUCUCACCUCUAAAAUCAGCUGGCUGGGUCAUGGUGGAUGGGAGAGAUGCCAUUUACAAAGAAUUCAUGUUCAAGAAUUUCAACCAGGCCUUUGGUUUUAUGACCAGAGUGGCUCUCCUGGCUGAAAAGAUGGACCACCAUCCAGAGUGGUUCAAUGUCUACAAUAAGGUUCAGAUAACACUGAGCACCCAUGAUGUCAGUGGUCUAUCAGACAAAGAUGUGAAGCUGGCCAAUUUCAUUGAAAAGGCAGCCCAAGUCCAGUAAAAAUGGAUACAUGUAACCA